UUAAAUUGUAAAAACAUUUCACAAUAUUACUGUAUUUUUGAUAUAAUAAAUGCAGCCUUGGUGAGCAGAAGAGACUUCUUUCAAAAAAAAUGUUUAUUUAUUUUUAAUUUAAUUUAUUUAUUUAGCCUAGGUCCUGAAAUGACCUCUUUGAAAUCUGUAGUGCUAAUUCAUUUUUCCUGUGCCCAAACAGAUAUUGCCAUGGAGGAGGCAGUAUCAUGGACUUUGUGACGGGUUCCAGGGUUCCCAGAGCAAAAUACACAAUGGUAGGAGAGGCACUGCGUUAUGUUAUUCCCUGCCAUAUGCAGUGCUCCAUGGGAUGUGGAGGGCAGGCCUGCAAGUACGAGGACCCCUCACACUGGACCGAGGACAAGCAGGCCAUCAGAGGAAUCUACUCGUCUUGGAUCACUGAUGAUCUGCUCGCCAUGGCCCGUCCUUCCACUGAAAUUGAAAAAUUCAACAUCAUAGAUCAGUUUUUGAGAUGUGGUUUGAAGACCGUCAUUAACCUCCAAUGCCCUGGCGAACAUGCCAGCUGUGGUAACCCGCUAGAUCCCGAGAGUGGCUUUACUUACCGACCGGAGACAUUCAUGCAGGCUGGCAUAUAUUUCUACAACUUUAGAUGGAAUGACUAUGGUGUGGCGUCUCUCACAUCAGUCUUGGAUAUGGUGAAAGUCAUGUCUUUUGCCAUUCAAGAAGGCAAAAUCGCUGUUCACUGUCAUGCGGGGCUUGGCAGAACAGGUGUGUUGCUGGCCUGUUUCUUGUUGUUCACUACACAGAUGACAGCAGAUCAAGCCAUUCUGUUAGUUCGAGACAAACGACCAAAUUCGAUCCAGACUAGAGGACAGCUCCAGUGCGUCAGGCAGUUUGCUCAGUUCCUAGUUCCCCUAAGGAACUUGUUUGCUAACGCUGAGCCGAGAGUGCCACCUGUCACUCUUUCACAAUAUUUGAUCCGGCAGAAAAAUAUACUGCACGGACACGAGGCACGGCAGCUGAGAUACAUGCCAAAGCUCGUCACCCUCAUCUGCAGGCUUCUACUGGACAUUGCAGAGAAUCGUCAGGUUAUUGAGGAGGACAUUGUUGAAGUUCCAGACAUCACACCUUUGGCAGAGAAAACGUUUAAUGAAAACUCAAUAUAUCAGUUAAACAGAGAGAUCAUGGGAAAUGGGAUGACUAUCAUCAGGCCACGUCUUCCAGGUCUACCCAGAGCCAAUCGAGACAACUCACAACCUCUUUACUAUGUCCGUAAGAGCCUUAGCUACAGCGAGUCUGACCUCCGGAGGUUAGCAGCGUCUUUAAACCUCUCAGAUAGCCCUCUCUGUGUUUUAGCCAGCAUCCACUCAUCCACCAGCAGCAAUCAGCUGGGAGUUUCCCAGAACUGUGUCCCUCCUUCUCUGGGGGCUUGUAAGAACAAUCCCAUCUACAGCUCAACCAGCAAUAUAUGGGAGCUGAAAACACUUAUGGACCAGUCAGAAGGAUCUCCACUGCUCAAAAACAGGAGACAGUCUGUCCUGCAGCGAAGCCAAUCUCUAGGCAUUUCGGAUGAGAAAAACACCACAAGCAUUGCCAGGAUACUGUCUUUCUGGAAGAAAGACUGUAAGCAAAGUUCUGACUCUGACGAGACUAAAAAAGUUAAUGGAAAAGACCAUUCGGAGGUGCCCUUCAUCACUGUCCAGUCUGAGUUGUCUCUGGAGUCACGGCGACUCCUGGUGGCUCAGUCCCUCGCAGUAGACCUUGAGAACGAUGGAGAAAAGGAACAAAUUCAGAAAGUGGCUGCUUGGCAGAGCGAUCUUAAUCGCCAGGGUGCUUGGGAGCGACUUUGUUUGGAAAAAGACCCAUUUAUUCUGUCUGGAAUCUUGUGGUCCUGGCUGGAGCAGCUCAAAGAACCAAUCAUCUCAGCCCAUGAUGUUCACACGCUAGAAGAGACCAUUGAAGACCCCAAGACUGUCCUCAACAGCCUAGAUAGGGCUUCAAGAGAAACAGUUAUGAUUAUUCUGGACUGUUUUGCUCAUUUAUUCACAAUACCUGAGGAAGUCGAGAGCGCUUUUCUGGAGCGAGCAACAAAAGCUUUCACAAAGAUGAAAAACACAGAUGAUGGGAAGAGUGUCCACGAAAUCAUGAAAAAGGUCUUGAAGCUUGUUCUGCAUCAUUUGAGGUCAGCUGCCAUGAAUGAGUUUGAGGUGUAACACAGGUAACAAUACCUAACUAAACACCUUAACUAAAAAGAGAAUUUGUUUACAUCUUUGUCCAUCGUCAAAGAAAAACUCUACACAUCUGCUUUUGCAGUUUCUCAGUAACCGGUGAAGAUUGGUAUAGGACUGAAAAGCAGUGUCAUGGGAGAAUCAUUAUUAAAAUCUUUGGUUGUUCCUCGGGUCUUGGUUUUAUAUGAAGAAUACAUGAUGUCAUGCACACUGUAAUUUAGUCCACAGAUAGACUACAUGAUAUUGUUCCCAUUUGUAAAAGCUGAAAAAUGCAUCUUGUAUGCUUAAUUGUUUUGCUGUAAAAAAAAUCGUACACUGUAUAUUAUUAUGUGCCAUGGUUUUAAUACUUGAAAAGCAUUGCAAAUGAAACCUCUCAUUUUUGUACCAUGUUUGUACAGUUAUUUGUAAUAAAAUAAGUAGAUUGU